GUUUUCUAAAUGUCGGUCGGCUUCAGUCAGUCAUUCGAGCAUUUAUAAAUCUUCUAUUCUACUAAUUUUUAUAAAACAAUAACUAUACUUCAGUGAAGUUUUCAUUUUUUGUUACAUAUGUGUAUAGUUUAAAAAAUUGUGUAAAAAUGCAGCCGACUUCGAUACUUCCAAAGUUAUCUGACACAACUCAAACUAUCUCCUUUUCGGAAGGCGAUGGAGUGUGUAGCUCAGAGGUGUAUGCCUCUGAGGUCAUUGUGACCACCAAUGCUGGUAACCACAACCACGGCAGCUCUAAAGUUAAGCUUAAGAACCUUGUAGAUUACAACUGGGAGCCUAAGUUUUACCCUGGACAGCUGCUUGCUGUGCAUAUCGGUGGGAAGUAUUUGGCUUAUUCUAUUAAAGCACCAAACCCAGCGAAUCCCGGCACAUGGAAUGGCAUGGUUAGAGUGGUGUACAGUCCUGAGCCGGGAACAGAUAGACGAACUUUAAUUAAAGGGAUGAAGGGAGAGGUUCAAGACUUGGCUUUUGCCCACAUUCAAAACCAAGUUGUACUAGCAUGUAUUGACGAAAUGGGCAAUUUUUAUGUCCAUGAAAUUGAACUUACUGAUAGUAGUCUUAAAGUGAAUUUGGUAGUGGAAGUGCGAGAGGAUACAGGUGUUGGUGGCAAUACUCACCGUGUGGUAUGGUGUCCUUACAUCCCUGAUGAUGAGGAUGAGGUUCCCGAUGAUGAUGUGGUUAGGCUACUCCUUACCACUCAUGGGAAUGUUGCUCGCAUGUGGAACAUGAAGAGCGUGUGUGUGGGGGAGCGCGGCGGGGAGGGGCGGAGCGCGAGCGCGCGCGCCGCGCUGGAGGGCGGCGGGGCGCGCGCGGCGGGGGAGCACGGCGCGCCGGUACUCGCCGCCGCCUUCUCGCCGGACGGCACCGCGCUCGCCACCGCCGCCGCUGAUGGAUACGUCAUGUUUUUCCAGGUGUACAUGAUGAACGACAGCAACCUGCGCUGCCUGCACAAGUGGCAGCCGCACGACGGCAAGCCAGUCAGCUGUCUCUUCUUCCUUGACAACCAUAAGAACUACAACACAGAUGUACAGUUCUGGAAGUUCGCAAUCACUGGUGCGGACAACAACACAUUGAUCAAAGUCUGGUCUUGCAAGUCGUGGAACUGUCUCCAGAGUAUAUCAUUCUCACCGACUAUCAAUGGAGAGCCAACCCUGGGUCUGAAGGCGAUGCUGGACUACAGUUCCAGUUACCUGCUGCUAUCAGACUUCAAGGCCAGGAGUUUGUAUGUGCUGAGUAUGGCAAGUGAUGUAAAUGAUGCCAUGGCUUACUGUAAGAGCAUCUCUGAAUUCCUGUUGCCUUAUCCAGUGUUGAGUUUCUGUAUUGUGGAUGCAGAGGAGGAGGUGGUGAAAUGUGAAUCAGGCUGCGAGGAUCCAUUCCUCGGUAGCAGCUCCAGCGGUGAGAAUGGUGACUCUCCGGACGAAUUUGAUCUUCCUCAUGAUGAGGAGGGUGUGCGGGAGUGCAGCGCGAGCGGGGGCGGGGGCGGCGGCGGGGGCGCGGCGCGGCGCGUGUGCCUGCGCCUGUACAUCGUGCAGCCGAAGGGGCUGCAGGAGGGCGAGCUGGUGUACACGCCGCCCGGGGACUUCGCACACAGUGUUGUAGCGGAGUGCGAGGAUAUAAAUAUGAACAUGGAGGAGGCGGCCCCCGCGCCCGCGCCCCCAGCCUCUGCUCCCCCCGCACCCUCCACCAUCCUGCAGCAGCAGAGCCAGCAGCUGAAGAACCUCCUCAUGAGGAGCCAGACGCAGCCGGGCAGCCUGAUGGCGCAGCGCGCGGAGUCUCCGCCCGCGCAGCUCAACCUCAUGACGCCGGAUGCUUUUAGUUCUCCGGGUAAGCGUGAUGAAGAGGACCCGCCUUUGUCUGCCACACCUGACGUCGUUAACAAAGUUCUGCCCACUGCUAAUGGUGUGGAGGAGGCUGUGGCGGCGGAGGGCAAGCCCCCGUCGGGCGGCUCCAGCCCCAGCCUGGAGGUGCAGCAGAUCAUGUCACAUAACGAACAGACGUUCUACAAAGAGGAUAUGGAGGAGGGUGAGUGCGGGGUGUCGGCGGAGUGCGCGGCGGAGGGGGAGCUGUACCCCGCGCCCGACGCCUACAGCGCGCACGCGCACGCGCACAGCGUACACAGUGCGCACAGCACGCACAGCGCGCACGGCAACUCUCCCCCCGCCAAGCUGACACAUUCUAACAGCGAAACAACAUGGCCACAGAUAUCAUUAGAACAAAUCACAGAAGCUAACCAGCGCAAGGCUUCCAGCGACAAGGGUUCACACAGCAUCAGCGCGCCGCUCCCACCGCUCCCAUCGCUCACCGCACCGCUCACUCCGCUCACUCCGCUCACCACUCCGCUCACUCCGCUCACCACUCCGCUCGCUCCGCUCACCGCGCCGCUCCCCACUGAUGACGUCACUCGAGCACGUUUCGACGCACUCGAACAGAAGAUUGAUAAGUUAAUGGAGGUGGUGUCGGCGCAGGCGCGCGAGGUGCGCGCGCUGCGGGCGGAGGCGCGCGCGCCGCGGGACUUGCUGGACAGCGCGCUGCACGAGCACGCGCAGCGCACCACCGCCGCCAUACACGCCGCCAUGGCUGACGGGUGGGAGCGCAUCUCGGGGCUGGGCGAGGCGGCCAGCAAGCGCGCGGCGGCGGCGGCGGGGCUGGGCGCGUCGCGCGCGCUGGAGCCGCUGGCCAACGCGCUGCAGCACGAGCUGGCCGCCAAGCUGUCCGCCACCGACCGCCUGCUGCGCGACAACAUCGACAAGCUCGCCACCAGCAAGAGUUUAAUGGAGCGGCUGAGCGGCGCCAUCGCCUCCUCGCUGUCGGAGAUGGUGCGCGAGUCGUUCCGCGAGGCGCUGUGCGAGGGCGUGCUGCCGCUCAUGGAGAAGGCGCACGCGCAGAUCUUCAGGCAGAUCAACCAGGCCUUCCAGAACGGCACCAAGGAGUUCGCAGCCAAGACGGAGUCAGCGGCGCGGCUGGCGGCGGAGCGCGGGGGGGCCGCAGGGGCGGAGGCGCUGCGCGGCGCGCUCGAGCGGCACGCGGAGGCGCUCGCCGCCGCCAGCGCAGCCCCGCACAACAUCACCGCCACGCUGCGUGACGUCACGCACAGCGUGCUAGAGAAGGAGCUAGCGUGGUGGCGCGAGCAGGCGCGCAGCGUGGCGCUGCAGGCGUCGCGGGCGCACUCGCCCUCCGCCGCCGCGCACAGCGCCGCUGACAGACAGAAAUCACAUCGCACUACACCGAGAAAUUGCGUCCAAGAAUCAUUGCCAUUCCUAGUCAGAAUGCAGGUAGCCCAGAUCCAGUCGCUGAUGUCAAGUGGGGAUGUGAACGGCGCGUUCCAGCUGGCACUGUCCGCCUCCGACCUCGCGCUGGUGGUGGCAGCGUGCCGGGCAGCUGAACCAGCUCGUGUCUUCGGGCCCCCCUGCAGACUGAAGCAAAACGUGCUGCUGUCGCUGGUGCAGCAGCUCGCCGCGGACAUGCAGCGUGACACGCAGCUCAAACAUAGGUAUUUGGAGGAAGCUAUAAUGAAUCUAGACACAACAAACCCGGUGACCCGAGAGCACUUACCUGUGGUGCUCCGGGAGCUGCAGAAGCAGGUGAUGGCGUUCCUCUCCGCAAACCCUGGACAUGCUCUGACGAGGCAGUUCCGUAUGCUGCUGCUGGCUGCCGACUCCCUGGUGAAGGCGGCAGUGUGACGUUGUUGCAGGCACUGCCUCUGCACCACAUACUGCUCCAAGCAUUGACGGAGAACUUCAGAAUAUACAUCGCAAAUUUAACCUUAUACAAUUGAAAUAAGGUUCAAUAUUACUUUGGCUCAUGUGCUCUCAAAGGGUAUAAAAGUACAUAUAUAAACUCAAUACCAAAUUGUAGUUUUUAAGGCCCUGUCCCACUACUGGCUGAUAAAGUCACUGUCCUACAAGGUAACAAAAUCCGCUAUU